UGACUUGCUAACAAGAGGAUUCCAUCAAACAUCUCUAUUAUUUGUUUUUGGGUGAAAAUGGAUAUCUUUGUAUUUCUCGUUGGAGUUAUCUGUGUGCACUUUUCGGGAUCCAAAGCUUCAGUAGAAGGAGCAACCUCAUGUGGUGGCCGAUUUAAUGCCAAAGAUCCUGGUUACAUCACCUCAACUGGGUAUCCGUAUGACUACCCUUCCCAUCAGAACUGCGAGUGGGUCAUCAGUGCACCAGAGCCCAACCAGAAGAUUGUGCUGAAUUUCAACCCACACUUUGAAAUUGAAAAACACGAUUGCAAGUAUGAUUUCAUUGAAAUUCGAGAUGGAGACUCGGAAACUGCAGAUCUAAUGGGUAAACAUUGUGGAAAUAUUGCUCCAUCUACAGUCACGUCAUCCGGUUCCCACAUCUACAUCCGCUUUAUCUCUGACUAUGGCCGUCAGGGUGCUGGAUUUUCACUGCGCUAUGAGAUCUUCAAGACAGGCUCUGAAGAUUGUUCAAGGAACUUCACCAACACUAAUGGAACCAUUGAAUCUCCUGGCUAUCCGGAUAAAUAUCCACACAACCUUGACUGUGUAUUUACUAUUCUGGCCAAGCCAAAGAUGGAGAUCAUCCUGCAGUUUCUGACCUUUGACCUUGAGUAUGACCCUCUCCAAGUUGGGGACGGCGACUGCAAAUAUGAUUGGUUGGACAUCUGGGAUGGCAUUCCAAAUGUGGGGCCCUUGAUUGGCAGGUAUUGCGGUACGAAGACCCCCUCUGAGAUCCGCUCUUCAACUGGCAUACUCUCCCUCACCUUUCACACCGACAUGGCAGUAGCUAAAGAUGGCUUUUCAGCUCGUUUUUUCCUUGCCCCUCAGGAGGUCCCCGAAACAUUUCAAUGCAAUGUUCCUUUGGGAAUGGAGUCUAGGAGAAUAUCCAAUGAGCAAAUUACUGCAUCUUCAACAUAUACAGAUGGAAGGUGGACAGCCCAGCAGGGAAAGCUUAACAGUGAUGACAAUGGUUGGACACCCAUUAUGGACAACAACAGGGAAUACCUGCAGAUUGAUCUCCGCUUCUUGACUCUGCUGACAGCUGUGGCAACCCAAGGUGCUAUCUCAAAAGAUACACAGAAUGCCUAUUAUGUCAAAUCAUACAAGCUAGAAGUUAGCACCAACGGUGAGGACUGGAUGAUGUUUCGUCAUGGCAAAAACCACAAGAUUUUUCCUGGAAACAAUGACCCAACAGAAGUGGUUUUAAACAAGAUUCCUCAACCAGUGCUAACCCGAUUUGUGCGUUUCCGUCCUCAGACAUGGCACACGGGAAUAGCUUUGAGAGUGGAGCUUUAUGGCUGCCAGAUUACAGAUUCUCCUUGCUCUAAUAUGUUGGGGAUGAUGUCAGGCCUUAUUUCAGACUCCCAAAUUACAGCAUCUUCUGCCAGGGAAUACCUGUGGCAGCCUGGUGUAGCCCGAUUGGUCAGCAGUCGAUCAGGCUGGUACUCUCAUAUGACUCCUGAAGAAGCAGGAAAAGAGUGGCUGCAAGUGGAUCUGGGUGCCAUGAAAACUGUCAAAGGGAUCAUUAUACAGGGAGCUCGUGGAGGAGACACAACCACAGAAAAUAGAGCAUUUGUUAGGAAACUUAAAGUCGGAUACAGCUUGAAUGGAAUUGAUUGGGAGUUUGUAAAGGAUCCAAAAACAGACCAGGCCAAGUUGUUUGAGGGCAAUAUGCACUAUGACACUCCAGAGGUCCGAAGAUUUGAGCCAGUGGCUGCACAGUUUGUCCGUGUUUAUCCAGAAAGGUGGUCUCCAGCUGGCAUGGGCAUGAGGAUGGAGAUACUAGGUUGUGACAGAACAGAAACCAAACCUACCUCAGAGACAGUUAAGCCUACUAUCAAAACAGAGGAAACUACAACACUUGUGGUUCCAGAAGAGGAAACAAGUGAUUCUACAGGUACUGAAGAUUGCCAGGUCCCAUCAGGAUUUAAUUGCAAUUUCGACCAUUCUGAAGAUGUGUGCAGCUGGACGCAUGAUAUUGAAGCCGAUUUUACGUGGUCAUUCCAUCCCAAUAGCCCAUGGAUGGGACAUUCAAGCUCCAUUCCUGUGAGUAGUAAAAACUAUUUACGCCUGCCCAGCAGCGGGCGAAGAGAGGGGCAUCAUGCACGUUUAAUAAGUCCAAAAAUGCACCAGCCCCGGUGUGUCCUCUGCUUGGUGUUUCGCUAUCGUGCUUCAGGAACCAGUGAUGGAAUUUUGAAGGUUCUAAGAAGAUCCAGCCAAGGGACCAAGUUACUGUGGAAAAUAAGAGAGGAGCAGGGAGGAGAAUGGAAAGAUGGCAAAAUCCUCUUGCAAAGUGAUGAGGAAGAUUACCAGGUUGUCAUUGAGGGGAUUGUUGGAAAGGGCCAGUCAGGAGAGAUAGCUGUGGAUGACAUUCGAAUAGCUAAUGACAUCCCCCUGGAACACUGUAUGGAACCAAUCGCAGCUUUUCCCCAGUCAACAGUAUAUCCUGUGGAUGUACCUGUGGUAUUAAAUGAGUUGGAUAAUCAAGGGCGUCGCUAUGGAGGAAAAAUUGGUGAUUAUGAGUCGUACACAGCUCUCCCCACCAGUAAUGUGGUAACUCCAAGGACUGACAAAGAAGAAAGUUGGCUUUAUACUUUGGAUCCAAUUCUAGUUACCAUCAUUGCUAUGAGUUCCCUUGGAGUUUUGCUUGGAGCUAUCUGUGCUGGUCUUCUGCUGUACUGCACUUGCUCUUACACAGGCAUCUCUUCUCGUAGCUCAACUACCUUGGAGAACUAUAACUUUGAGCUCUAUGAUGGAAUAAAGCACAAAGUGAAAAUGAAUCCACAAAAGUGUUGUUCUGAAGCAUGAUGGACUUGUUUGUUUUAAUACUGAACAUUUGGUGACAUUACCAUUUGGAAAAUCUUCUCUCGCCAUCAAAUGUGCUGGUAAUUUAAUUAGCUAAUUGAGCUGCUUUUUUCUUAAAGACACCGAAAUGAAACAGAACAUUUCUUACCACAAAUUAGAGAAGAAAAAAUGUUUGAAGGAAACUGCUUGAAAGGAAAGGAUAAAAUAGCCUUUCCAUUGAUGCCUCCCAAAACUCAAAUGCCUCCCAGUUAUACUUUCAUGAUGUAUGAUUUUUUUUUAAUGGGUUUAAAUAUCCCAGCAGAAGGUAUUGCUCCAUUGAGGAGUGACAAGAAUCAGCUCUGAUUUCAGCGCUGUUAAUUUCACCACUUGGAUAUUUGGGAACAACUGCACUUUUAGGUAGGAUGAAAUGUACUGAUCCUGCCCCAAGUGAGGAGGUGCACAACAGCAUCUGAAAAUGAGCAGAAGAGCCUUAAAAUAAGUCAUGAUCAAGAGCCAUUUUCUACAACCAGGUCUCUAAUGGAAAGCGAUUGCUUUGUCUCCUGGUCGCUUACAUUUUCAAAUGCCUAGAACAAUGGACAUAUUUUUAAAGGGUUUUAUAUUCAGAGCUGGCUUUGAUUGUACCUUUUAUGUAUUGUAUGUUUGGAAAGGUGAGGAGUAGUUACAUUUCAUGUAUUGUUUUCUGGUGAUGCUUAUGAAAACUGUGUUUGACCCCUACACUGCAUUUCCUAUGAAUGUGACAUGGUUCCAUUCAAACUUGUAAUGUAUAUGUGUCACCUAGAAACAGUAAAAGCUGUCAUAUGCAAGCUAAAUGGAUAUUAAUGAAAAACUUUCCAGUCAACAUACUAGGAGUCGAAGUCUUGUAGCUCCUGGAUCGGUUCCACAGGUUCCUAGUGAAUUACUAUACAUUUUUGUACUGCCUACAUAAUGCAUCCUUCCACUGUGUGUAGUUGAUGGAUAUGUUUUCAAUAAAGAUCUGCUCAGUAUCCUUUCAAGUAAACUACAUAGGGAAUAUGAUAAGAUUCUUAAUCACAAGAGCCUCUGGUUUGAUUGACUGUACCUUAUAAAUUCAAACAUCUAAACAGCUUACUAAGGCUAUGCAUCAUUGACUGAAGAGCUGAAUGAGAAAACAUAAGUGUUCUUAUAGAGAUACAGGUGAAGGGGGGUUAUGCUGAGAU